GUGUGCUACGUGCCCCGUUUAAGCGUUGUUACUUUUGCGUUCUUUGGCGAGAACCGUUCCGCACGUGCGUGUUUUUCGCUGUGCGAUUAUUGCCGUCAAUGUAACGUGUAAGGAAGCACGUUUGGUUUCUGCGGAGGAUCGCGUCUGGGUUCGACCUUCCUUCCGAGAACAAACGCUCAACCGAACUCUUCUCUGCCACUCAAAAACGCCCCAGUUGACUUCGCGAUGUCUGAGAACGCGGCGCGUCUGAAUAAGUUCAAGAACAAGGGCAAGGACGCUAACGAACUGCGACGCAGGAGGGUCGAAGUCAACGUCGAACUUCGCAAAGCCAAGAAGGAAGACCAGCUCUUCAAGAGGAGGAACGUGUCCGCUCUCCCCGAGGAGGCCGCCUCUCCUCUGCAGGAGCACAGCCAGAACAGUCAGGCUGCCAAGCAGUGGAAGAUCGAAGAGAUCCUCGCCGGAGUGAACAGCAGUAAUCUUGACUCCCAGCUCCAAGCUACUCAAGCUACAAGGAAACUGCUGUCGCGUGAGAGGCAACCUCCCAUUGACCGCAUCAUCAGUGCAGGCCUGAUAAAAAAGUUUGUUGCCUUUCUCGGGCUGGAAGAUUGCCCUCCGAUCCAGUUUGAGGCUGCCUGGGCUCUGACCAACAUUGCCUCUGGGACGUCUGACCAGACGGGUGCUGUCGUGGAAGGCGGGGCCAUUCCUGCUUUCAUAGACCUUAUCAAUUCUUCUCAUCAACACAUCAGGGAGCAAGCUGUCUGGGCCCUUGGAAACAUUGCUGGUGAUGGGUCGGCACUCAGAGACAGAGUUAUCAAGCAUGGAGCUAUUGCCCCUCUGCUCACUCUGCUGGCUGUCCCUGACCUGUCUACUUUUACCUCUGGCUACCUGAGAAACAUCACCUGGACACUGUCGAACCUUUGCCGCAACAAGAACCCCUCACCUCCAAUCGCUGCUGUGGAGCAGAUCUUGCCCACCCUCAUUCGACUGCUUCACCACGAUGACAAGGAGGUUUUGGUUGACACAUGCUGGGCUAUGUCCUACCUGACAGAUGGUUCGAAUGACCGCAUUGACGUGGUGGUUAAGACGGGCAUGGUUCCCCGCCUGGUGCAGCUGCUUGGCUCUGGAGAGCUUUCGGUUGUGACCCCCUCACUGCGUGCCAUCGGAAACAUUGUGACUGGUACAGAUGAGCAGACCCAGGAGGUGCUAAAUUCUGGGGCCCUGGCCAUGUUCCCCCUGCUGCUGCAGCACCACAAGCCAAACAUUCAGAAGGAGGCAUCCUGGACUCUAUCCAACAUAACCGCAGGCAGGGACACCCAGAUCCAGGAGGUCAUCAAUGCUGGCCUCAUCCCUCACUUGAUUGAUGUGCUACGACGGGGUGACUACAAAACUCAGAAAGAGGCUGUGUGGGCUAUUACCAAUUUUACCAGUGGGGGCACUGUUGAGCAAGUGGUGUACCUCGUUCAAGCCAACGUUCUGGAGCCUCUUCUGAAUCUACUCAGUGCGAAAGACAGUAAAACUACCCUGGUCAUUUUGGAUGCUAUCACCAAUAUAUUUUUGGCCGGGGAUAAGAUUGGAGAAUCAGACAAGCUGUGCCUGAUGGUUGAAGAAUAUGGUGGGCUGGACAAGAUUGAAGCCCUGCAGUCCCAUGAGAACGAGCUGAUCUACAAAGCUGCUCUCAACCUGAUUGAGAAGUAUUUCUCCGAAGAGGAGGAGACCGUUGACUAUGUAGCUCCAGAAGUAACCACUGACGGCUAUGCAUUCCAGGUCAAUGAGAACCAGAGCACUUUCAACUUCUGAUGAAGCUUAUGUUUCGGUUUGAACUGUUUUCUCUGUCACUGUUUGUCUCUUUUUUAUGGCAAUGUCGGACCUCCUGUGUAUAUGUUUGUUGUUCGUACUGUUUUUACAAAUGUGACUGUAAAUAAAGGCUUCCCGGAUG